AUGCCUCACCGACCUUCCAGCAUCGCUUCUCGCGCCGAACACUAUGAUCUCGCUACAUCGUCGCCGCCAGCAUACCCCUAUUAUGAGCGGGAGAUCUCGCAGCGGAGCUCGCAUAUACCGAGCUUCCCUAAUCGCGAGCACAUACAGCCGGCCUACACGCAGGAGCGCGCACAGUAUAUACCAGGCCAGUUCCUCCAGCGUGUUACCGCCGCUGCCCGAAACCAGCGCAUUCAGCCCCAGACUCCCUCAACUUCAUCCCAAGCCAAUUCGUCCCGAGCCACUAAAGAGCAUCUACAGGCUCGUCUUUCCUUCUGGCUAUGGCGGAAGGAUGCUCCGAAGAAGGCGGAUAGGGAACCACAGAACUUUGGGGGCGUCAUAUCCCAUCCGCUCAAUCGCUGCUUUGUCCAGUCGUUUGAGCACUUUAUAAAGAAGGAGCUCCUACCACUGCUCGAUACAGACCUCGAGCAGUAUUCACCAGAGCCAGGCGAUGUAUACAGGCUAGCGCUCGCGUUCACGAAGAAGCCAGUACAGCCAGUCUUCCUAUCUCCAAAGUACAAUAAGGAAAUACAUACUACUAAGCUCUACGAGUUAUUUCACAAGAGGGACGGCGAGCGCGAUAUCAAUAUUAUCAUCGUCCGGAAGGAAGUGGAAGAAGAGCCAGAUCUUCGACUAAGCCAAGUCAAGCAGGAUCCGGGUGCCCGCGAUGCCCGCCAUCCAAGCAGUGAGAGCGUCAGGUCGUCUUGCUUCAGUUGGCCAGACGAGAUCAUCGACUAUCCAGACCUCGCUACUCGUCCAGCCCGCCUCAAAAGCCCAGUCGACGACGUCGAUGUUUCUGACCUCGAUGAUCCAGCUAUCUUCUUCAAGAAGAAAGACCCAGCGCCACCGGCGGGAGAACCUACCACGGACAUAGCACCAGCACCAGCACCAGCACCAGCCAGGUCAUCAGCCAAGGCACCGCCGUCGCGCCACCCUAAACGCCGCCGGGCGGUUUCAUCCACAGUAUCGCCGCCCCAGACGCGGCGUCGGGUUCGAGAUCGACUUCAGGGGGAUGGGGAGGGCGAGGUUCGGCAUAAAAAUGUGAUAUCAGGGCGCUCUUGA